UCCGUUCGUCUGGAUUCGGUUAGCGAGCCCUCUGAGGGAAGGCUUGAUCUUACCGUUUAAUCAUCGUCGUGGCUACACACUUUUUACUGAGGCAGACCACCACAAGGUGGAACUUAUUCAAUCAAACAUUGUUAACAUUAUGUCGCAAAUCUACAGCGUGCCGAAAUUGGGAUCCUGUCAGCCCUGCGCUACCGCAAAAGCAAAAUGUGUCCCAGAAUACGGAUCCUCGCGAUGUAAAAGGUACCUAGUUCCAGCUACCAGCCCCAUCCCGAGAAGCAAAGUUAUCGCACAAGUCACCAAACUAAUUGGUUACUUCAGAUGUAGCGAUAGAAACAUAGAAUGCGUACUCAAGGAACCUAUAUCCCGCAAGCGCCGGAAAGACACUCAAACGCAAGCUUGUGACGAAAAUACUGCCUUCACUACACCCAGUCUCUCCAGCAACAACAAUCAUAUAUCCGUUCCCAACAUUAGCAUGCAGAUCUCCGAAGUGCAGCAGGGAAUGAAUUAUUACAGAAAAUCCUUGUCCCCGUGGUUUCCUUUUGUUCUACUACCAGAUUCGCGAAAGCCUGCUGUUGAGUUCUCACAAGAGCAGCCUUUCCUCUCAAUUGUCAUGGCAAUGCUAGGAUGCGUGCGCGAUCGCGAUAGACAGCGAGAGCUAGCUGUUAAUAUUCGUACCUGGUUGGCUGUGCACAUGAUGCAAGAGGGUCAAAAGUCGCUCGAUAUAUUGCAGGGUCUUUUACUACUUACCCAUUGGUACACGUUCCAAUGGGGGUUGAGUAGUCAACGUACCCUCUUCAUGCAUAUGGCAAUGAGCUUGAUUGCUGAUCUAGGGCUUAUCCGAUCACCACUUGCCCGUCAACGAUUGAUGACGACAGAAGAAGCGGCUGGGAAAUCGAAGACCAAUGCGGAAACUGUAGCGCACCAUACUCUGGAGCAAAAACGCGCUCUCUUGGGAUGUCUAUACCUUUCAUCAUCCAUCGCUACGACGUCUCUCAGUGUUGAAGCACCCUCAUAUUUCUGUACCUACGCAGAGAGUUGUUAUCAGGAGUUUGGAGGUCUUGAGCUCCUAUCAGACCAGAGAAUCUCGCAUCUGUGCCGCAUGCAGCACUUAACAGAGAGGUUCAUUGCUGCAAAAUUACGACUCCAAAGCUACAGAAGUGAUCACCCCUCCUCGGAGCCCUGUACAUCAGAAUUUUUAGAUGGCUUCGAUUGCGUUAAAUACUGGAAUCAACUUCUCGGUCAAAGAUGGGCCUCUGUCCCAGAUCAUAUAAAGACACCGAUUCUCCUCCAGCAAUACACAUACACUAGUCUCUACAUCCACUCUUGUAGCCUCGAACCUACACUUUUUCCGACCGAAACAACUCGGCUGCAAACUCUGCUCGACUGUAUUUCUUCCCUCAAAUCACUCCAAGCUGCACUGUUUCCCCUCUAUGAAGAGCCACAUACCAUCUUCGAUCUGCCACUAUACUGCUUCGCACGCGUCAACCACAGCAUUUCUAUCGCUCUGCAGCUCUUCUCGUUGAACUACAGCUGGAUUGAUGCCGCGUACGUCGAGAACGAGUUGCAGCUCGAGAGCAUGUUUGCGCGUGUGGAGGAGAAAGUGAGCGAACUGAUAGAAAGCACACCGAAGUGCGAGGUACCAGCUUAUCAUUUGCGAUUGAAGCCGAUGGCUCAGGCUAUUCGACAAGGGGUGAAGACGCGUCUAGAUCGGAGCGUUGGGGAACAACAGUUUGAUGGCGGUGGGGAGGAAGGCAGGGAAGGGAGUGGAGUGGAAGGGGAUUUGAACCAUGACUUUUUGAAACAAUUUUUGGAUGCGGAUGAUGAUCUUUGGCUCCAGAGACUAUUGGCGGGGGGAGAGUGA